AUGUCCAAUUCGACUUUUUGGACGGAAGAGAGCGAAGCAGGACAGGAUAACACUUUUACCCAUAUCUACGUCACAUACGCCAGCUGCCAUGUCGACGGGCACAUCACCAAGGGCAAAAAGAAUAAGAUAAGCCGGGCGAAGGUCGAAUGGGAUCUUAUCCACUGCGUACACAGAGAUGACAAUCUUCCGCUAUCUCUCAAAGUCGCCUGUACCAGCUGGGUAAGGAUUGUUUUCUUUGAGCUGCAUUCUGAAUGUGUGUAUGGUCAACUAACGACAGAGAAUAAUUUGCAGAUUCUUCACAGUGAUAAAUUUGAGCCGUUGUGGCAUGAGUACAAGUUGAAAAACGAUCUCUCUGCUCAGUCUGUUCAGCGGGCGACACCGGGAUAUGAUGUUCUCCAACAAUGUCUCUGUAGCCCAUCUACAACCCUCGGAGGCUUUUCCGGUCCUCAGUCGGCCUUUGAGACUGUUAGCAAGGGAGCCAAAGCUCAAGGAGUGAAGGCCAGCAGCUUUAGAAGCCAAGGUACAGCCACAGGCACCAGUAUUCCAAACGGAGACUUUUUAUUUUCUGGUAAGCCGACCAAAACCCGACGUACUUCUUUCGAAGGACGCGCGAAGAGAAAGCCACCACCGCCUGCCUCAAAGAAAAGAUCUGCACAACAAAAUUCUCGGAAAUCUCCUAUUUCCAAGUCGAAAAACGCGUUUGGAAAGAAAAAGCAACCAAUGAGGGUCGGGGUGGUAUCUACUCCGAGUGUACCUAAUCCGCGAAUUCCAGCUUUCAGCCCCAAAGAGAUGGUGAAAAAUACGGUGCUAUACGAACAGCCAACGACGCCGGUGCUACGAAGAGCUCUUACGGGAAAAGAGGCAUAUGAUGAGGCUAUGGCGAAUUUAAGUGACGAUAUUGUCAUUCAUGGACCGUCUAGCGGGUCAGAAUUCUCUGAGGAUGAGGAGUCUGAGGAGGAAUAG